CCUGCCUCAGCUUCCCUGUAAUCUCUAAAGAAAAUAUUCCAUACCUGUUUCACCUCAAAAAAACACUUCCAAAUCUAUUUCACCUCAAAAAAACACUUCCAUAUCUAUUUCCCCUCCUAUUUAACCCCUCAAAAUUUGUGGGAGGGUGGCACAAACAAAGUAAGUGGAAAAACCAAUACAUUUCAAGCCAAUUUAGAGCUGUUAGAAAAAAAAAAAAAACAAACCAAAAUAUUUUAUGAAAUCCUGGAAGGUGCAGGCAAAUGGAAAUUUUCAGUUUCAGCUAGAGCUUUAUUUUGGAAUUCCUCAAGGGGAGUUUGGAAUUCUGCCACACUGUAAUGGUUUUGUGUUGCAGGAAACCAGGAAUGCCUCAGUCUCUUGCCCUGUGCAGUUCACAGAUUCUCACUACAUUAUGCAAGACUGACCUGUUAAUUUUAUAAAGUAAAAAGAAGCAAAAACCUUUACAGGCUGAUUUCCUGUGCUCAGAAAGAAAUGCCUGGGAACUGCCUGGAGCAGAUUCACACCUUCAUUUAACUCCAGCUUUCAAUAUUUGCUUUCCACAAGGCUCUUGUGCCUGUGGAAGCAGCAUCUCCUCAACUUUUUGGGUGGCAUGGAGGUGUGGCUGCCCUCAUCAGCUGAAAAAUAUGUCCAUCAGAGGCCUGAAGAAGAAACAACCAAAGACUUUUAAAGUCAGAAUUAUAACAGUGGAUGCUGAGAUGGAGUUCAGCUGUGAGAUGAAGUGGAAGGGAAAGGAUUUGUUUGACCUGGUGUGCCGAGCCCUUGGUUUAAGGGAGACCUGGUUCUUUGGCUUGCAGUACACAAUUAAAGGAAUGUGCACCUGGUUAAAGAUGGACAAAAAGGUUUUAGAUCAAGAAAUCCCCAAAGAAGAUCCCAUUAGCUUUCAUUUUUUGGCUAAAUUCUACCCAGAGAAGGUAGAAGAGGAACUCUUACAGGAAAUUACCCAGCAUUUAUUCUUCCUUCAGGUGAAGAAGCAGAUCCUGGAUGAGGAAAUCUAUUGCUCACCAGAAGCUACAGUUCUGCUGGCUUCUUAUGCUGUUCAGGCCAAGUAUGGUGACUACGACCCAAAUUUCCACGAGCCAGGCUUUCUAGCCCAUGAUGAGCUGCUGCCCAAAAGGGUGCUCAGGCAGUACCAGCUGACAGCAGAGAUGUGGGAAGAGAAAAUCACUGCUUGGUAUGCAGAGCACAGGGGUAUUGCCAGGGAUGAAGCUGAGAUGAACUAUCUGAAAAUUGCCCAAGACUUGGAAAUGUAUGGUGUCAAUUAUUUCCCAAUUGCUCAAAACAAAAACCACACAGAUCUCCUGCUUGGAGUUGAUGCCAAAGGUAUUCAUAUCUACAGCAUUAAUAACAGGUUCUCCCCCAAUAAAUCCUUUGAGUGGAGCUCUAUCAGAAACAUUUCCUGUAGUGAGAAAGAGUUAACUAUUAAACCCCUUGACAAAAAAGCAGAAGUCUUCAAGUUCUUCUCCUCUCAGCUCAAAGUGAACAAACUGAUUUUCCAGUUGUGCAUUGGAAACCACGACCUAUUUAUGAGGAGGAGAAAAGUGGACUCCAUAGAGAUCCAGCAAAUGAAAGCACAAGCCAGGGAAGAAAAAGCUAGAAAAAAGAUGGAGAACCAGAGGCUGGCCAGGGAGAAGCAGCUCAGGGAAGAAGCUGAGAGAGCCAAAGAGGAGCUGGAGAGGCGCCUUUUCCAGCUGGAAGAUGAAGCCAGGCAGGCCAACGAGGCUCUGCUGCGAUCCCAGGAAGCAGCAGAGCUGCUGGCUGAGAAAGCCCAGAUUGCAGAGGAAGAGGCCAAGCUGCUGGCCCAGAACGCUGCAGAGGCCGAGCAGGAGCGCCAGAGGCUGGAGAUCACAGCCCUGAAGAGCAAGGAGGAGAAGCGGCUGAUGGAGCAGAAGAUGCGGGAGGCGGAGCUGAUCGCCGUGAAGCUGGUGAAGGAGUCGGACAGGAGAGCCAAGGAAGCAGAGCACCUGAAGCAAGACCUGCACGAGGCCCGCGAGGCCGAACGCAAAGCCAAGCAGAAGCUCUCAGACAUAACCAGGCUUAAUUAUCCUCACAUGGCCAAGUACCCCCAGUACUCCCCAGGUGACAGCAGAGAUGCCAACUUUGACAAAGGCUCCAUCAAGCUGGAUUUGAAGGACAUCGACCUCAAGAGACUCUCCUUUGAGAUAGAGAGAGAGAGGCUGGACUACUUAGAAAACAGCAGGAAAUUCGAAGAUCGGCUGAAAGAACUGAAAUCUGAAAUUCAUGCUCUGAAGCUGGAGGAAAAACAGGCUGGGCUUUACAGUCACUGGAAUGAAGUCCUGGGCUCCUUGGAUCGCUCCUUGGGAAGUGCCCCAUCAUGGAUGAAAACCUUGGAAACUGGAGAUGCAGUGGAUGUAAAUCUUCAAAGACCUUUCCCUGCUUACUUGUUAAACACUGCAAGCAGCUGGCCCUGCACCAACAAAAUUCAGCACAUGGUGCCAGUGGAAAAGUCAUCUUCCCAAGCCAAUUCCCUGGCUGCCAACAGUGUGGGCACAGGAACCAGAAAACAGAUCAUAAAGGUUCAGCAGCAUGACUCAGAUGUGAUCUACAUUUGAAGCCCCUCAUUUCCUUGCCAGCCUGGUGGGACUGGUGGCCUUUUUGCCUCUGUGGGGACACUUGGGCAGCUCUGGCUGCUGCCAGCUGUGAGGGACAAGGCACUGUGGAUCCAGAGCUGCCAUCCAGCUCCCAGGCAGGUGCCAUCAGCUGGGAAUGCCACAGGUGCCCCCAGUGUGGCUGGGAGCAGUGCAAAGCCAGAGGAAAUGUUGUUUAUUGCCUGUGCACUUUGGAAAGGACUCUUCACACUUUGCUAAAGCCCUUCCUCCCCCAGGUGCUUCAGCUUUGCUGCUGGAGGAAGGAUGUGAGGCAGCAAGUGCCCAGGAGGUGUUUGGGAUGAGAAAACAGAACACAGGCUUGGUGUUUAUCUCCACAACAGACUAAUUAUGGUUUUGGUCCAGUCCCUGGGACAUGACUCCCACAGAGCUGCUUAACGUUUCAAUGUUUGCCUGCCAAGUAUUUUCCUUCUCCUCCCCAAACAUUUCUUGGUUCACUUAAUUGAUUUGCAUUUCUCUGUGAGAAAUCUCAGCUUUUAAUUCCAGAUGCACAAGUGGACAUCUUCAAGUACCUCCCAUUCCUGGGGGAAUCCUUUGUUUGGAAUGCAGAGCUUCUGUUCUUCCAGUCCCUGACCAGAUCAAGCAUUUUCUGCUCGAGCAAACUGUGCAUACAUUAACUGCCUUCCCACUUGUGUGCAGCACAGCUCCCAAAUUAGACAAGGACAAAAGAUGCUGUUGGUGUCUGCUAGAGUGGGACUUGUUUCUGGUGGAGAGAGGUGCAUGCAGCAAAGUGCCUGCCUCAUUAGUAAAGCCCACUUGCAUUUUCUGGCUUUGUGUGUGUUUAAGUGUCUGCUUCUCCAUAAAUCUUCACUCUGAGGACUUCUGGGGAAGCAGACAACAUUCAACUGCAGCUGAAGCAGGAGCCCAGCUGAACUUGUGACGUGUGACUUAAAAAUGAACGGUAAUGUUGUUAAAUGUCUUGUUCUAAAAGCUGAGAUUAAAGAAUAAACCA